GGAAAUUUAUAUAUAUAUAUAUGUAAAUAUGUAUAUAUAAAACGUGUGCAUUUAAUAUUUUUUCACAACCAGUUAGAAAAAAUUAAGAAUGUGCAUAUAUGAAUGACAAGUUAUACGUAUGUACGAGUUUAUUAAUGAUUGUUUAACGUUAUCUGAUUAAUUGUGAAUCAUAAUCAAGGAUCAAAGAGCUACGUGUAUAAUAAUCUUUCAUAAAUAUAAAACAAAUUGUGUGUGAUUUCAAAUUGUGUUCAUAAUAUAAAAAAAUCCAAAAGAGAAACCUCCAAUUGGCUCCCAUAAACACACAUAGUUCACAAAUUUGGUACGUAAACUUCAAUAAAAAAUAACUUCACACGUACUUCACAAUCUUAAAACAUACAAUUGUGGAAGAUACUUCGAUAUUCAUGGGGAAAAAGACUUGCAACAUUACAAAUGGAAUUACAAACGAAGCUUUCAGUUUGGAUGAUAUUACAGUAUGUAACAACAAUCAAACUGAUUCUAAUUCGGUCUCUGAAAACACCGUGGAAAGAGCACAAUGGGGAAACGAUAAAGAAUUUUUGAUGUCUUGCAUUGCCAUGUCAGUUGGUUUAGGAAACAUUUGGAGAUUUCCAUUCACUGCUUAUGAAAAUGGUGGUGGUGCAUUUCUAAUACCAUACAUCAUAAUUCUAAUCGUUGUUGGGAAACCAUUUUAUUUAUUGGAAAUGACUUUGGGACAAUUUUCGAGUAAAUCUGCUAUUAAAAUUUGGGAAAUAUCACCUGCCUUCAAAGGUAUUGGUAUUGCCCAAUUUCUUACACUGUUGGCAUUAACGUCGUACUAUUGUUCGUUAAUGGCAUUAACAUUAUUUUAUUUGGUCGCAAGUUUUCAAUCAGAAUUACCAUGGGGUAAAUGUAAAAAGGAAUGGGGUAAUUAUUGCGUUAAUUCAUCGAAAGAUAAUGAAAUUUUUUCAAAUGAUACCACCCUUUCCAACGUAACUUAUUUCAGUUCAGCUGAAUUAUAUUUUUACAAGGAAGUACUACGUGAAAAGAAAAACAUUGAUGAUGGAAUUGGAUUACCCGAUUGGCGUUUGACAAUUUGCUUAUUCAUCAGUUGGCUUUGUAUUUUUAUCAUUGUCGUUCGUGGUAUCAAAAGUUCCGGCAAGGCUGCUUAUUUUACAGCAAUAUUUCCAUACAUCGUAAUGUUUAUAUUAUUGAUCAGAGCUGUUACUUUGGAUGGUUCAGCCAAUGGUAUACUUUAUUUUAUUACACCUAAUUGGGACAAAUUGUUAACGUCUAGUAUCUGGUAUAAUGCAGUUGCACAAUGUUUUUUCUCAUUGACUGUAUGUUUUGGUGCCGUUGUUAUGUUUGCUUCUCACAACAAGAUUGAUCAUGAUAUUUAUAGGGAUGCAAUGAUAGUGACAACUUUAGACACCUUGACCAGUUUUUUGGCAGGUUGUACUAUAUUUGGUAUAUUGGGUAAUCUUAGUUACGAACUAGGAGCUAAAGAUAUUAGCUCUGUUGUACGUGGUGGAACAGGAUUGGCAUUUAUUUCUUAUCCAGAAACAAUCGUCAAGUUUGAUUUUUUACCACAAUUUUUUGCCGUUGUAUUUUUCAUAAUGAUUUUUGUUCUUGGAAUUGGUAGCGAGGUUGGACUUACUUCUAGUAUAAUAUCGAUUAUUAAUGAUCAAUUUCCAAAUUGGAAACAUUGGCAUGUUGCAGCUGGGACGUGUUUCUUUGAAUUUCUUAUCGGAUUGUUAUACGUCACUCCGGGUGGACAAUUCAUGGUAACAUUUAUAGAUUAUUAUGCAACUUCGUUUCUUGCUUUAAUACCAGCCAUUUUUGAAAUGAUCGUGGUUUCUUGGGUUUACGGUGAAUUUGUUUGUGUCAAUAAUUUUCUGGAAGACGUUGAAUUUAUGUUAAAUCGACGAUUAUCGUGUUUUUGGAAAUUCUGUUGGAGUAUUUUAACUCCUGGAAUAAUCACUGUGAUUUUUAUUUAUAAUAUGAUUAAUUUGGAAUUGUUAACUUACAAUGGUCUUUUUUAUCCUAACAUAGCUUAUGUUAUCGGUUGGAUACUUUUUUCCAUUGCUGUUGUGCAAAUACCUUUAUGGAUAUUAGUCGCCAUAUUGAAAAAUAGACAUUUACCUUUUCCUGAGAUAAUUUUUCAAUCAUUUCGACCAUCAAAACAUUGGAGUCCAUCGAACAACGAGACGAAGAAAAAAUGGUUGGAAUUUAAAGAACAUCGAAGGAAAAUGAAAGAAGAAGAAGAAGAAGAAAUCGAAAAUAAAAAUGCCAACAUAUUUUAUAAAUUAUUCAAAUCUGUUACUUGUCGAUAGUAUUGAAUUGAAAACAAAAAAUAUUAUCUUUAAUUAAUUCUUAAUUGUGUUUCUUCUCAUGUAAUUAUUAUA